AUGGAAUCUGAAGAAGAUAAUAUUUUUGUUGAUAAAAAUUAUAUUGUUGAAAAUAAUUAUUCUGAAAUUAUUGAUGAUAAUACUUCAGAUAAUAUUAGCUCUAAUCAAGAAAGAGAUGAAAUUAAUUCCAUUAAUGAAGAUAAUAUUAGUGAAAAUGAAGCUAAUAUUAGUCAAGCAAAUGAAGAAAAUAUAGAUAUGGAUACAAAUGAUAAAUCAAAUUUUAAAUCAUUUUCAAAGUAUAAAAUACCAAAAGAUAAAUCAACAUCUGCUUUAAAAAGACAUCUUGAAAAAAAACAUAAAAAUAUGAUUACAAAUGAGAAAAUUACAGGAGCAAUAAAUAAAUUUGUUAAAAAAGAAGAAUUG